AUGUUGAAGCAGUACAGCUCUAUAGUGGGUGUGACAAUGGAUCUCCAGGGUCGAUUUGAGGAUAUCAGCUCCUGGCUAGAAAAAGCAGGAUGUAAAACAACGGAUAAUGAUCAAUUUUUCAUCAAAAAAUUGAAACACGUCGCAUACGACAUUGAUGAUAUUGUUGAUGAGUUCCAUCUAGAGGCUGAGAAGCAUGAAGCUGAAGUUGCCAACAAUAUUGUGUCAAAAUGUCUCUGCACAAAACCAAAAUCAUAUCUGUUUCAAUUCAAGGCUGCCCUCAAGAUCAAGGCUAUAAAGAAUAGAUUUGAUGCAAUAGUGAAGCAAAGAACUGACUUCAGUGCAAUAGUAAACAGUUUGCCGGAAGGUCAUCCUGUUCCACACAUGAACAGGACUGCCAAGGCAACUCCAACAGUGCCAAAUGUUGCUGUGGCAUCAAUAAUAUGUGGAAGAGAGCGAGAAAAGCAGGAAAUAAUAUCUAAACUGGUGGACAAAAAUAACCAACAGAUAAUCAAGAUAGUCUCCAUAAUUGGGCUUGGUGGCUCUGGGAAAACUGCCUUGUCUAACCUAGUUUUCGGUGAUGGUAACACCGUAAAGGAUCAUUUUGAAGUAAGAAUAUGGGUUCAUGUGCCCCAAGAAUUUGAUGUCCAACAGCUUAUGAUGAAGAUGUUUGAAGCCAUUACUUAUCAAAAAUCUGAACAUCAUUCCAUACAGAACAUAAUUCAAACUAUAGCAGAUACAUUGACUGGAAAGAGGUAUUUGCUUGUAUUAGAUGAUGUCUGGACUGUGGACCGAAGUCAAUGGGAAGAUUUUAUGUUAUAUAUAAAGAGAGGAGCACCUGGAAGUAGUAUUUUGUUGACAAGUCGCAAUAGAAAUGUUGCAGAAGCAGUGGAAUCAACAGAUCUGUCGAAGUUGUCGUCCUUGUCUAAGGAUGAUAGCUGGACAGUGUUCACUCAGAUCAUUGGUGAGGACAUAAAAGGUUUGGACUCUGAAUUAUUGGAAGUUGGGAGAGAGAUUGUGAAUAAAUGUGGUGGGGUGCCACUUGCAAUUAAAGUUCUUGCAAAUGUCCUUCGUGGCAAGACACGUAUAGAACAAUGGAAGGCCGUGAGAGACAGUAAUCUACUAGAUGCUGAGGAUAAAGAGCAUAGAUGCAUGGAGCUUGCAGCCUUGUCAAAUUCUAUUGGUAGAAAUAAAAAGCUAAGAGUUCUUAAACUAGAUCAUACCAAGAUUAAGGAGCUACCACUAGUAGAGCUACCUAAAGAAAUUAACAACUUGGAGAAGCUUCAAGUUUUGAACUUGGAAAAUCGUGGGGAACUGGUAAAUCUACCUGAAGGCACUAGCAAGUUGGAGAAGCUUCAAGUUUUGAACCUCGAAGGCUGUAGGAAGCUGGUAGAGCUGCCUGAUGGCAUUGUCAAGUUUGAGAGGCUUCAAGUUUUGAACCUGAAAGAUUGUGAAGAAUUGAGAGGGAUGCCUAUAGGCAUUGGACAAUUCAGCAGUCAACUACAAAAGUUGCCCUUAUUUGUUGUGGGUAACGGUAAAAGUUUGCUGGAAUAUCAGAGCUCGCAAAUGUAG